UUGGUCGGGGAGAAAAAGAGUUACUUCGCCAGCAGCGGAGGAAAAAGUCUCGCGGAAAAAACGCGACGAAAUCUGUGCAAAUUGUGUUAAAAAGUUCCAAAUUCGGACUCAAUUCGUUGAGCUUUGUAUUGCGGAACAUUAGUGAGUAGAAAUAGUGAUAAAAAUCGCGGAAGCGUGAAAAUCAACGUUUAGGAACAGCGUUAACUGGAAAGAUGCAAAACGUGGAACUCGUAGUGGAGCGAAGGCUUCGGCCAAUCUUUGAAUCGAUCGAGAUCGGCAACUACAAAAAGGCCCUGCAGGAUGUAGAGAAGGUGUUGAAGAAGAAUCCAACCAUCCAGUGUGGUCGGGCGCUGAAGGCCUGGGCCUUCAUCCGACUAGGACGAGAUGAAGAAAGUGCCUCCCUGAUCCGGGCUCUAGAGCAGGAAACUCCAACGGAAUCUACAACGCUGCAUGUAAUGACCCUGUGCUACAAAGAAACGGAUCAGUUGGAUAAGAUUUGUCAGCUUUUUACCAGUGCCUCGAAGCAACUGCCAGGCAACGAGGAGUUGCUUUCGCAAUUGUUUAUCGCCCAUAUGAGAGUGAACGAUUUUAAAGCGCAGCAAAUGGUAGCCUUGCAGCUGUAUAAGCUUAAACCUAGGAAUCCGUUCUAUUUCUGGGCUGUGAUGAGUGUAGUUCUGCAGGCUUUGCGUGGACCCGAUGCCAAGGAUCAGCAGAAGUCCAGUCUUUUGCUGUCGUUAGCCCAGCGGAUGGUCGAUAAGUUGAUUGCGGAAAAUAAGCUCGAAGCUUCGCAGGAAGUACAGUUGUAUUUGCAAAUUUUGCAGCAUCAGGAGAAGUAUCAGGAGAUGUUGACUUUCCUGGAGGGACCAGUGUGCACUAAGCUGUACCCUGGAGCACCGGCGUCGAUUAAAAUUGAUCUGCUGAAAAAGCUGGGAAAAUGGGCCGAUUUGAAUCAACUAAUGAAGCAGUUGCUCGCGGAGGACUUCGAUCGGUGGGAUUAUUUCCAGGAAUACAUCCAAUCAACAAUGGAACUGAUCAAGAGUAAGAAUGAGUCACCGGAUACGGAUCAUACGGUCGAUUUGUGCCACGAGUUUAUUGCUGGAAUUAUUGAAACCCAGCCACGUAAGAAUCGGGGUCCCUAUUUGGCUCGGCUGGAGCUGUCUCGGCUGAUGGUGGAACACAAAUUCGAAAAAGAGCAGCUAUUUGGUGAGCUGACAGAUCUACUGUUGGAUUAUUUCCGCAUGUUUGGGGAUAAAACGUGUUGCGCCAACGAUUUGAAACUAUUUCUGGAAUACGUGGAACCGGCGAAACGGCCCGGCUUUGCUGCCCAGUUAAUGCAGGAAUGUCGAAUCAAUCCCGUCACGCUGCCAAGUAGUAAAGAACAUAUGCAACGACACAUUUGUUCGCUACAAAUUGCGCGCUUCUGUGGAGCCCAUGCGGCACUAAGCGAAGAACAUUUGUCGGCUCUUUAUACGGCAUUAAGUUUGCACUACGAGCACGGUUAUAACACGUUCGGACAAGGACUGCUUCCUACGGAUAUGGGGCCCUCAGAUCCCUAUGCUCUGUUGGCAGUCAACAUCAUGUACGACCGAGCCUGGAAGCUGCAGAGAUCGGAACCGCUGGUUGAAGCUCUCUGCUUAUUGAAUCAUCUGCUCUCGAACAGCAUCAACAACUUCCACGGCAAACUGCUCAACCUUCAGCUGUAUCAUCGGUUAGGUUUGGUAGAGGCUGGCCACCGAGCGUACGAAUCACUUGACGUCAAACACAUUCAGUUGGAUUCGCUCGGCUAUCUACACUGCAGUCAUCUUUGCAAUGGAGGAUUCCCCGUCUUGGCCAAGCAAAUCUUCGAUCAAACGCUCAACUUCUUCAUCAACGAUCACCAGAACAGUGUCGAGUUUCUGAAGACGUCGUACAACUUUGGUUCGUUCUCGAAGCUGAUUGAGUUCCUCGACUUUAGGGAUCGUCUCUCGAAUAGCCUGCAUUUCACGCUUAUUUCCGUCGAGGCUUUGCUGUUGGAAAUGGUAUGCUUCAGUGGUACGUUGACCCAGAAUCUCUCCGCCUACCGACUGAUGCGGGUAAAACCGCACGAAGACCGGAUCAAGUGGGACGAACUGAGUGACAAUCGUGAUUUGACGAUAUUUGUCCAUUGGGAUCCGGUGGUGGACUAUUCGAAGGUGCUCCCGCCGGAAGGUGCCGAAUCCGUACUGAAAAAUAACGAGAACUAUGCCAUUGUGCUGGAGUCGAAAAGCGUUGAACAGCUGCGCCAGGAAUGCCAAAAGGAGAGCUAUGUGCAAGAGGUAGAACUACUGCAGCUGCGGUCUGGCAUGUUGAGGCUGGUUUCCUCAUUCGUUGAGCUGUUUACCAAGGGAUCGGACGAAGAGUACCAAACGGCGGUGGAUUUGUGCCGCCACUGGGAGGAGCUGUUCGCUACGGUACGCUCCAAGAACCGACUGCCUGCAUGCGAAAGAUUUCUAGUCAAUUUACUACCGUCACGACUGCAUUCAGUGCUGGAGAUGCCGUACGAAAGCGUAUUCGUGAACCUGGGUCGGUUCUUGCUGGCGCUGUGGAAGGGCGAAAAGCACGAUCUAAUACGGUCCGGAGCGGAAGAGUGCGUGAAAAACGUUAACGAACUGUUUGCGUUGAUUGCGAGCUCCAUCAAAAGCUACAACGGUUCCGACGAUUUGCUGUGGAAUCGAAAGAAAGUGCAUGACACGGUUAAUGCAUGCAUUGAGACUGCCUCGCUGGUGCUAUUCGUGUUGACUGUGUGCUACGAUAAAUACUCGCAAGCGCCGGCUCCGCAGCCAACGCGGAAGGCCAAAAAGAAGGACUCCGAUUUGAACAAUCACGAGCCGACGGUUGUUCUGAUGGUGGAUAAAAAUCGACUCCUGCUGGUGACGGAUGUGCUGCGGGCUCUCAAAACCAACCUGACGGAGUGUGAAGCUGUGCUUUCGUCCUGGGAGCUUCCUCUGCUGUCGGAUUCGCUUGCAGCCGCCCUCGAACAGAUGUCGCUCGGUGCCAAGAGCGAAAGUGCCGUCCGGUUGAAACUGAUGGACACCCACCUGGGUGAGAUUAAGGAACUGAAAAAGUUGUUAAAAGACAAGUUGAAGUUGAUCAAUAAAUCGAUUUAAUGGUAGUAAAA